UCUGUCACCUGACUGAAAAGAGAGAUCUUUCAUUCGGGUCCGGCUUUGAAGCUGCUUUACUGCUUGUCUUCUCUGGUACGGUGCUGGUUAGUGAGGAAAUGUCAGAUUCGGGAGGUGGAGGUGGAGAGGAUGGUUCAACUGCUAUGGAGGUGUCCGCUGCGGUGCAGAACGUGGCGGAUGCCUCAGUAUUGCAGAAGCACGUCCGCAAGCUGGUGCCGCUACUGCUGGAAGAUGGCGGCGAGGUUCCAGCAGCUCUGGAAACUGCCUUGGAAGAAAAGAGCAUAGUUGAACAAAUGAGAAAAUUUCUUGCUGAUCCACAGGUUCACACAAUCUUAGUUGAGAGGUGUACUCUGAAAGAGGAUGUUGGUGACGAAGGGGAGGAAGAAAGAGAAUGCAUUUCUUACAACAUCAGUAUUGACAUCCACUAUGGGCUCAAAUCAAACAGCCUGGCCUUCAUCAAGAGAACAGGAGUCAUUGAUGCUGACAAGCCUAUUUCAUCCCAGUUGCGGGUCCUGACACUUAGUGAAGAUUCUCCCUACGAGACCCUGCAUUCUUUCAUUAGCAAUGCUGUGGCUCCUUUCUUCAAGUCAUACAUCAGGGAGUCUGGCAAAGCUGACAGAGAUGGUGAUAAGAUGGCACCCUCAGUGGAGAAAAAGAUUGCAGAACUGGAGAUGGGCCUUUUACAUCUUCAGCAGAACAUUGAGAUUCCAGAGAUAAGCUUGCUAAUUCAUCCCAUUAUCACAAAUGUUGCCAAGCAGUGCUAUGAGCGUGGAGAGAAGCCAAAGGUAACUGACUUUGGAGACAAAGUCGAAGAUCCCACCUUCCUGAACCAGCUACAGUCUGGAGUGAACCGCUGGAUCCGAGAGAUACAGAAGGUAACCAAACUUGACAGAGAUCCUGCAUCUGGAACAGCUCUGCAGGAGAUUAGUUUCUGGCUUAAUCUGGAGCGUGCACUAAAUCGCAUUCAAGAAAAAAGGGAAAGUCCAGAAGUGCUUUUGACUCUUGACAUCCUGAAGCAUGGAAAACGGUUCCAUGCUACAGUCAGCUUUGAUACAGAUACCGGUCUGAAACAAGCUGUCGAAACAGUCAAUGACUAUAACCCUUUAAUGAAAGACUUCCCCUUAAAUGACUUGCUGUCAGCAACUGAACUGGAUAAAAUCCGCCAGGCACUUGUUGCCAUUUUUACUCACUUGCGCAAGAUCCGGAACACCAAGUAUCCCAUCCAGCGAGCUCUGCGACUUGUAGAGGCUAUUUCCAGGGACUUGGGCUCUCAGCUGUUGAAGGUCUUGGGAACAAGAAAAUUGAUGCACGUCACUUAUGAGGAAUUUGAAAAAGUGAUGGUUGCUUGCUUUGAAGUCUUUCAAACCUGGGAUGAUGAAUAUGAGAAACUUCAAGUGCUGCUUCGUGAUAUAGUAAAGAGAAAAAGAGAGGAAAAUCUGAAAAUGGUGUGGCGCAUCAACCCCGCACAUCGCAAGCUCCAGUCCCGAUUGGAUCACAUGCGACGGUUUAGGCGUCAGCAUGAGCAGUUGCGGGCUGUUAUUGUCAGAGUGCUGCGACCUCAGGUGUCCGCUGCCUCCCAGCAGACUCAGGGAGAGACUGUAGAACCACAAGAUAUGAAGGUAGCAGAAGUCCUGUUUGAUGCUGCUGAUGCUAAUGCCAUUGAGGAAGUCAACCUAGCAUAUGAGAAUGUUAAAGAAGUUGAUGGGCUUGAUGUUUCCAAAGAGGGGAUGGAAGCCUGGGAAGCAGCCAUGAAACGUUAUGAUGAGCGCAUUGACCGGGUUGAAACUCGAAUCACUGCACGCCUGCGUGAUCAGCUUGGAACUGCCAAGAACGCCAAUGAGAUGUUCCGUAUUUUCUCCAGGUUCAAUGCCCUCUUUGUGCGACCACAUAUUCGGGGUGCAAUUCGGGAGUAUCAAACCCAGCUUAUUCAACGUGUAAAGGAUGACAUUGAAUCGCUGCAUGACAAGUUCAAAGUGCAGUAUCCUCAAAGCCAGUCAUGCAAAAUGAGUCAUGUGCGUGACCUGCCUCCUGUUUCUGGCUCCAUCAUCUGGGCUAAACAGAUUGACCGGCAACUCACUGCUUACAUGAAAAGAGUGGAGGAUGUCUUAGGCAAGGGUUGGGAAAAUCAUGUGGAAGGCUUAAGGUUAAAACAGGAUGGGGACAGCUUCCGGAUGAAGCUGAAUACUCAAGAGAUAUUCGAUGACUGGGCACGGAAAGUACAGCAGCGUAACCUGGGUGUAUCUGGACGUAUUUUCACAAUUGAAAGCACCCGCGCAAGAGGCAGAAGUGGCAAUGUGCUGAAGCUGAAGGUUAAUUUCCUCCCAGAGAUAAUCACACUUUCUAAAGAGGUGCGAAAUCUCAAGUGGCUUGGCUUCCGUGUGCCUUUGGCAAUUGUCAACAAAGCUCAUCAGGCCAAUCAGCUGUACCCUUUUGCCAUCUCUCUGAUAGAGAGUGUGCGUACUUAUGAACGGACCUGUGAAAAGGUUGAGGAACGGCACUCCAUCUCACUUCUGGUUGCCGGACUUAAGAAAGAGGUGCAGUUAUUCAUCACAGAAGGCAUCACACUAGUUUGGGAAUCCUACAAACUGGAUCCUUAUGUUCAGCGCUUGGCCGAGACUGUCUUCAACUUUCAGGAAAAGGUGGAUGACCUUCUCAUCAUUGAAGAAAAGAUUGACCUGGAGGUCCGCUCAUUGGAGACAUGUCUGUAUGAUCACAAGACUUUCACUGAAAUUCUCAACAGAAUCCAGAAAGCUGUGGAUGAUCUAAAUCUUCACUCCUACUCCAAUCUGCCCAUCUGGGUAAACAAACUUGACAUGGAGAUUGAACGCAUCCUUGGAGUUCGACUACAGGCUGGACUCAGAGCUUGGACACAGGUUCUGCUAGGACAACUGGAAGACAAAGCUGACGUGGAUAUGGACACUGAUGCUCCGCAAGUUAGUCACAAACCUGGUGGAGAACCAAAGAUUAAGAAUAUUGUUCAUGAGCUGAGGAUUACCAACCAAGUAAUAUACCUGAACCCACCCAUUGAGGACUGUCGAUACAAACUCUAUCAAGAAAUGUUUGCAUGGAAAAUGGUUGUGCUCUCCCUACCAAGAAUUCAGAGUCAGAGAUACCAGGUUGGUGUGCAUUAUGAGUUGUCUGAAGAAGAAAAGUUCUACCGAAAUGCUCUUACCAGGAUGCCUGAUGGUCCUGCUGCCUUGGAAGAGGCCUAUUCAGCUGUGAAGGACAUUGUGAAUGAAGUAGAGCUAUAUGUGAAGGUUUGGCUCCAAUACCAAUGCCUUUGGGACAUGCAGGCAGAAAACAUUUAUAACCGUCUAGGAGAAGACCUGAAUAAAUGGCAAGCACUACUGGUCCAGAUAAGGAAAGCCAGAGGAACCUUUGAUAAUGCUGAAACGAAAAAGGAGUUUGGGCCUGUUGUUAUUGAUUAUGGCAAGGUCCAGUCAAAAGUAAACCUAAAAUACGAUUCUUGGCACAAAGAGGUUCUCAGCAAAUUUGGCCAGAUGCUUGGCCAAAAUAUGCAAGACUUCCAUUCACAGAUUUCUAAGUCACGUCAGGAGCUUGAACAGCAUUCUGUGGAUACAGCAAGCACAUCUGAUGCUGUUACUUUCAUCACUUAUGUCCAGUCAUUGAAACGCAAGAUCAAGCAAUUUGAGAAGCAAGUUGAUCUUUAUCGUAAUGGACAACGGCUGUUGGAAAAACAGAGAUUCCAAUUCCCACCCUCUUGGCUUUACAUUGAUAACAUUGAGGGAGAAUGGGGUGCUUUUAGUGACAUCAUGCGCCGAAAAGACACUGCAAUCCAGCAGCAGGUGGCUAACUUGCAAAUGAAGAUCGUCCAGGAGGACAGGGCUGUAGAGAGUCGUACAAGCGAUCUUCUGACCGACUGGGAGAAGACCAAGCCUGUGGCUGGGAGUCUUCGACCUGAAGAUGCCUUGCAGGCACUUACCAUCUAUGAGGGAAAAUUCAGCAGACUGAAAGAUGACAGAGAAAAAUGUGCCAAAGCAAAAGAAGCUUUGGAGCUGACAGAUACUGGUCUCUUGAGUGGCAGUGAGGAACGUGUGCAGGUUGCAUUAGAAGAGCUUCAGGAUCUAAAAGGAGUUUGGUCUGAGCUGUCAAAGGUGUGGGAGCAGAUUGACCAGAUGAAGGAGCAGCCAUGGGUUUCCGUUCAGCCUCGUAAGCUGCGUCAGAAUUUGGAUGGGCUUCUGAAUCAACUGAAGAACUUUCCUGCACGACUGCGUCAAUAUGCGUCAUAUGAGUAUGUACAGCGCUUGUUGAAGGGCUACAUGAAGAUAAACAUGUUGGUAAUUGAACUAAAGUCAGAGGCUCUCAAAGAUCGUCACUGGAAGCAACUCAUGAAAAGACUUCAUGUCAAUUGGGUACUGUCUGAACUCACCCUGGGACAGAUUUGGGAUGUAGACCUGCAGAAGAAUGAAGCCAUUGUCAAAGAUGUUCUCUUGGUGGCACAAGGAGAAAUGGCAUUAGAAGAGUUUUUAAAACAGAUUCGGGAAGUGUGGAACACCUAUGAACUGGAUUUAGUCAACUAUCAGAACAAAUGCCGGCUGAUUCGUGGGUGGGACGAUCUGUUCAACAAAGUCAAGGAGCACAUCAACAGCGUCUCUGCCAUGAAGCUGUCUCCUUACUACAAGGUGUUUGAGGAGGAUGCCCUAAGCUGGGAGGACAAACUUAACCGAAUUAUGGCACUCUUUGAUGUUUGGAUUGAUGUGCAACGGCGUUGGGUUUAUCUGGAGGGCAUUUUCACUGGCAGUGCUGAUAUUAAGCACCUUCUUCCUGUGGAGACACAGAGAUUUCAGAGUAUUAGCACAGAGUUCUUGGCUCUUAUGAAGAAAGUCUCCAAGUCCCCCCUGGUGAUGGAUGUCUUGAACAUCCAGGGAGUACAGAGAUCUCUAGAGAGGCUUGCCGAUCUGCUUGGAAAGAUCCAGAAGGCCUUGGGAGAAUACCUGGAGAGGGAGCGUUCAUCAUUCCCUCGGUUUUACUUUGUUGGUGAUGAAGACCUGCUAGAAAUCAUUGGUAACAGUAAAAAUGUUGCCAAAUUGCAAAAGCACUUCAAGAAGAUGUUUGCUGGGGUGUCCAGUAUAAUAUUGAAUGAAGACAACACAGAAGUGCAGGGAAUUUCUUCACGAGAAGGAGAAGAGGUUAUGUACAAGACACCUGUCUCAAUUACAGAGCACCCAAAGAUUAACGAAUGGCUUACUCUUGUGGAGAAGGAAAUGCGAGUGACUCUUGCAAAACUCCUUGCAGAGUCCGUCACUGAAGUGGAUGUCUUUAACAAAGGCACUUCAAUUGAACUUGGAACUUACAUCGACUGGAUUGAUCGAUAUCAGGCUCAGCUUGUGGUCCUGUCUGCCCAGAUUGCUUGGUCUGAGAAUGUUGAAAAUGCUCUGAAUUCAAUUGCAAAUGCCAGCGGGGCAGAUUUUUCGCCUCUUCAGGCUGUCCAGUCCAACGUGGAAGCAACUUUGAAUGUUCUGGCAGACACAGUUUUGAUGGAGCAGCCUCCUCUGCGCCGUAAGAAACUUGAGCAUUUGAUAACAGAACUGGUGCACCAGCGAGAUGUUACCCGCACACUGAUCCGUCACAAAAUUGACAAUCCUAAAUCCUUUGAAUGGCUCAGUCAAAUGCGCUUUUACUUUGACCCGAAGCAGACCGAUGUUCUCCAGCAGUUAUCCAUUCAGAUGGCCAAUGCUAAAUUCAACUAUGGCUUUGAAUACCUAGGAGUUCAAGACAAACUUGUGCAGACACCCUUGACAGACCGCUGUUACCUGACAAUGACCCAGGCACUGGAGGCACGGUUGGGAGGGUCUCCCUUUGGGCCUGCUGGCACAGGGAAAACUGAAUCUGUCAAAGCUCUUGGUCACCAGCUUGGUCGCUUUGUUCUGGUCUUCAACUGCGACGAAACCUUUGAUUUCCAGGCUGUGGGUCGGAUCUUUGUGGGCCUGUGCCAGGUGGGAGCCUGGGGUUGCUUUGAUGAGUUCAACCGGUUGGAGGAGCGGAUGCUUUCAGCAGUCUCGCAACAGGUUCAGUACAUUCAGGUGGCACUGCGAGAACACAGCAACCAGAACAGAGAUAAAAGCACGCCUGUCACCUGUGAAUUGUUGAACAAACAAGUGAAGGUGAGCCCAGACAUGGCCAUAUUCAUCACUAUGAACCCUGGCUAUGCGGGCCGAUCCAACCUUCCCGACAACCUGAAAAAACUCUUCCGCAGCCUGGCCAUGACUAAGCCAGACCGACAGCUGAUUGCCCAAGUUAUGCUGUAUUCCCAGGGCUUCCGCACAGCAGAGAUUUUGGCUAAGAAAAUUGUUCCCUUCUUCAAGCUUUGUGAUGAGCAGCUGUCUUCUCAAAGUCACUAUGACUUUGGUCUUCGAGCCUUAAAGAGUGUUCUGGUAAGCGCUGGCAAUGUGAAGAGAGAAAGGAUUCAGAAAAUUAAGAGGGAGAAAGGUGAACGUGGAGAGGUAGUUGAUGAAGGGGAAAUUGCAGAAAACCUUCCUGAACAAGAGAUUCUUAUUCAGAGUGUGUGUGAGACCAUGGUUCCAAAAUUAGUAGCUGAGGAUAUUCCACUGCUCUUCAGUUUACUGUCAGAUGUAUUCCCAGGAGUCCAGUAUCAACGAGGGGAGAUGACUGCCCUCCGAGAAGAGCUCAAGAAAGUAUGUGCAGAGAUGUACCUUAUCUAUGGAGGAGGAGAGGAAGUUGGAGGAAUGUGGGUUGAAAAGGUCCUUCAGCUGUACCAAAUCACUCAGAUCAAUCAUGGCUUGAUGAUGGUUGGCCCAUCUGGCAGUGGGAAAUCCAUGGCCUGGCGGGUUUUGCUGAAGGCUUUGGAGCGCUUGGAAGGUGUUGAAGGUGUAGCUCACAUUAUUGAUCCAAAAGCUAUCAGUAAGGAUCACCUUUAUGGAACGCUAGAUCCCAACACAAGAGAGUGGACAGAUGGGCUCUUCACACACAUACUGCGAAAGAUCAUUGACAAUGUGAGAGGUGAACUACAGAAACGUCAGUGGAUCAUUUUUGAUGGAGAUGUGGAUCCUGAGUGGGUAGAAAACUUGAACUCCGUUCUGGAUGACAAUAAACUGCUUACUCUACCUAACGGAGAACGUCUCAGCCUGCCACCCAAUGUGCGCAUUAUGUUUGAAGUGCAAGACUUGAAAUAUGCCACACUGGCUACUGUCUCCCGCUGUGGUAUGGUGUGGUUCAGUGAGGAUGUAUUGAGCACAGACAUGAUCUUGAACAACUUCCUAGCCCGUCUCCGCAGCAUCCCCCUAGAUGAGGGAGAGGAUGAAGCUCAGCGCAUGCGUAAGGGUGCAGAAGAUGAAGGUGAAGAAGCUGCAUCACCAAUGCUUCAGAUUCAGAGAGACGUGGCAACAAUUCUACAGCCCUACUUCACCACAACAGGCCUGGUGAUCAAAGCAUUAGAAUAUGCCUCCAAGAUGGAGCACAUCAUGGAUUUCACCCGCUUACGUUGCCUGGGUUCCCUUUUUUCUAUGUGUCACCAAGCAUGCAGAAAUGUGGCUCUGUAUAAUGCCAACCACCCAGACUUCCCCAUGCAGAUCGAUCAGCUGGAACGUUAUAUUCAGAGGUAUCUGGUUUAUGCAAUAUUGUGGUCGUUCUCUGGUGACAGCCGGCUGAAAAUGAGAGCAGAGCUUGGAGAAUAUAUCAGAAGAGUGACCACUGUCCCUCUUCCUUCUGCACCAAACAUUCCCAUUAUUGAUUACGAGGUUUCCAUCACUGGUGAGUGGCAGUCUUGGCAGGGCAAGGUUCCUCAGAUUGAGGUGGAGACACACAAAGUAGCUGCCCCUGAUGUUGUAGUACCCACUCUUGACACAGUGCGUCAUGAGGCACUCCUGUACACCUGGCUUGCUGAGCACAAACCAUUAGUUUUGUGUGGUCCACCUGGCUCUGGUAAAACAAUGACCUUGUUUAGUGCCCUGCGUGCACUCCCUGACAUGGAGGUGGUUGGGUUGAACUUCUCUAGUGCCACAACUCCUGAACUUCUGCUCAAGACAUUUGACCACUAUUGUGAGUACCGGCGAACACCAAAUGGUGUGGUACUAGCACCAGUGCAACUUGGCAAGUGGCUUGUGCUUUUCUGUGAUGAGAUUAACCUCCCAGACAUGGACAAGUAUGGAACCCAGAGAGUGAUCUCCUUUAUCAGACAGAUGGUGGAGCAUGGUGGCUUCUACCGUACAUCAGAUCAGACUUGGGUGAAGCUUGAGAGGAUCCAGUUCGUAGGAGCUUGUAACCCACCCACAGACCCUGGCCGAAAGCCUCUCACUCACAGAUUCCUUCGUCAUGUACCAGUGGUUUACGUAGACUAUCCUGGCCCAGCUUCGCUUACUCAGAUUUAUGGAACAUUUAACCGUGCCAUGCUACGGCUCAUUCCCUCUUUACGAACCUAUGCUGAGCCGUUGACAGCAGCCAUGGUUGAAUUCUACACAAUGUCUCAGGAGCGCUUUACUCAGGACACUCAACCCCACUACAUCUAUUCACCUCGAGAAAUGACAAGAUGGGUGAGAGGAAUUUUUGAAGCUCUAAGACCCCUUGAAACCCUGUCUGUGGAGGGAUUGAUUCGUAUCUGGGCCCAUGAAGCUCUGCGUUUAUUCCAGGAUAGGCUGGUAGAAGAGGAAGAACGUCGAUGGACAGAUGAGAACAUAGACACAGUGGCACUAAAACAUUUUCCCAAUGUGGACAAAGAAAAGGCCCUAAAUAGACCCAUCCUGUAUAGUAACUGGUUAUCUAAGGAUUACGUUCCUGUAGAUCAAGAAGAACUGAGAGACUAUGUGAAGGCCCGAUUAAAGGUGUUUUACGAGGAAGAGUUGGAUGUGCCUCUUGUGCUUUUCAACGAGGUGUUAGAUCAUGUUCUGAGGAUUGACCGUAUCUUCCGUCAGCCACAAGGUCACUUGUUGCUCAUUGGUGUGAGCGGUGCCGGAAAAACAACUUUGUCUCGCUUUGUUGCCUGGAUGAAUGGUUUGAGUGUUUACCAAAUUAAGGUACAUCGAAAAUACACAGGGGAAGACUUUGAUGAAGAUUUGCGGACAGUGCUUAGGCGCUCAGGUUGCAAGAAUGAAAAGAUUGCUUUCAUCAUGGAUGAGUCAAAUGUACUUGAUUCUGGGUUCUUGGAACGGAUGAACACCCUUUUGGCUAAUGGGGAGGUGCCUGGACUUUUUGAAGGAGAUGAGUAUUCCACAUUAAUGACACAAUGUAAGGAGGGUGCACAGAAAGAGGGUCUCAUGCUGGAUUCCCAUGAAGAGCUGUACAAGUGGUUCACCAGCCAAGUUAUCCGCAAUCUGCAUGUUGUCUUCACCAUGAAUCCCUCCUCAGAGGGUCUAAAGGACCGAGCUGCCACAUCUCCAGCUCUCUUCAACAGGUGUGUACUCAACUGGUUUGGUGACUGGUCUACAGAAGCAUUAUUCCAGGUGGGCAAAGAAUUUACAAGCAAAAUGGACCUGGAGAAGCCUAACUAUGUGGUACCAGACUAUAUGCCAACCGUGUAUGAUAAACUACCACAGACUCCAACUCAUCGGGAGGCCAUCAUUAACGGCUGUGUGUUUGUGCAUCAGACUUUGCAUCAGGCUAACAACCGGCUAGCCAAGCGUGGUGGUCGCACUAUGGCAAUUACACCACGACAUUAUCUGGAUUUUAUUAACCAUUAUGCCAACCUCUUCAAUGAGAAGAGAAGUGAGCUUGAAGAGCAGCAGAUGCAUCUAAAUGUUGGUCUUCGCAAAAUAAAGGAGACAGUUGACCAGGUGGAGGAGCUGCGUCGUGAUCUGCGAAUCAAAAGCCAGGAACUGGAGGUUAAAAAUGCGGCUGCUAAUGACAAACUGAAGAAAAUGGUUAAGGAUCAACAAGAAGCAGAAAAGAAGAAGGUAAUGAGCCAAGAAAUCCAAGAAGCUGUUUACAGACAGCAAGAAGUAAUCAAGGACAAACAGAUGCGAGUAAAAGAAGAUCUGGAUAAGGUGGAACCAGCUGUGAUUGAAGCACAGAAUGCUGUUAAGUCCAUUAAGAAGCAGCACCUUGUUGAGGUACGUUCAAUGGCGAACCCGCCGGCUGCAGUGAAGCUGGCCCUGGAAUCCAUCUGCUUGCUUCUGGGAGAAAGCACCACUGACUGGAAGCAGAUUCGUUCUAUCAUAAUGAGGGAGAACUUCAUUCCAACAAUUGUUAACUUUUCUGCUGAUGAGAUCAGUGACUCAAUCCGUGAGAAGAUGAAGAAAAACUAUAUGUCAAAUCCAAGUUACAACUACGAGCUUGUGAACAGGGCUUCUUUGGCCUGUGGGCCAAUGGUCAAAUGGGCCAUUGCUCAGCUGAACUACGCUGACAUGCUGAAGCGAGUCGAACCUUUGCGAAAUGAACUUCAGAAACUAGAGGAUGACGCAAAGGACAAUAAGUCUAAGGCUGAGGAAGUAGAGCAGAUGAUUCAUGAUCUGGAGUCCAGCAUUGCUCGAUACAAAGAAGAGUAUGCCGUUCUAAUAUCAGAGGCUCAGGCUAUCAAGGCAGACCUGGCAGCUGUCGAGGCAAAGGUAAACCGCAGCACUGCCCUUUUGAAGAGCUUGUCAGCUGAACGUGAGCGCUGGGAAAAGACAAGUGAAACAUUCAAGAACCAGAUGUCAACAAUCGCUGGAGACUGCCUUCUGUCUGCCGCAUUCAUUGCUUAUGCGGGCUACUUUGACCAGCAAAUGCGGCAGAACCUCUUUACAACAUGGUCUCAUCACUUGCAACAGGCAAACAUUCAGUUCCGUACUGAUAUUGCCCGAACCGAGUACCUGUCCAAUGCUGAUGAGAGGCUGCGCUGGCAGGCCAGCUCCCUCCCUGCAGAUGACCUCUGCACAGAAAAUGCCAUUAUGCUGAAGAGAUUCAAUAGGUAUCCUCUCAUCAUUGAUCCAUCUGGACAAGCCACUGAGUUUAUCAUGAAUGAAUACAAAGAUCGUAAAAUCACGAGGACCAGCUUUUUGGAUGAUGCCUUCCGAAAGAAUCUGGAGAGUGCAUUGCGUUUCGGUAACCCACUUCUGGUUCAGGAUGUGGAGAGCUACGAUCCCAUUCUUAAUCCAGUACUUAACAGGGAAGUGAGAAGAACAGGGGGCAGAGUUCUUAUUACUCUCGGCGACCAGGACAUUGACUUGUCUCCGUCAUUUGUCAUCUUCCUUUCCACCAGAGACCCAACAGUGGAGUUUCCUCCUGAUCUGUGCUCACGUGUUACAUUUGUGAACUUCACCGUGACUCGCAGCAGCUUACAGAGUCAAUGUCUCAAUGAGGUGCUGAAGGCUGAGAGGCCAGAUGUAGAUGAGAAGCGCUCUGACCUCCUUAAACUUCAAGGUGAAUUUCAACUGCGUUUACGACAGCUAGAGAAGUCUCUGCUUCAAGCUUUGAAUGAGGUGAAGGGCCGCAUCUUGGAUGAUGACACAAUCAUCACAACACUGGAAAAUCUAAAGAAGGAGGCAGCAGAAGUGACCCGAAAAGUGGAGGAGACUGACAUUGUCAUGCAGGAGGUGGAAACCGUGUCCCAGCAGUACCUUUCAUUGUCUACAGCUUGCAGUAGCAUUUACUUCACCAUGGAGACGCUUAACCAGAUGCACUUCCUCUACCAAUACUCGCUUCACUUUUUCUUGGACAUAUACCAUACUGUGCUUUAUGAAAAUACCAAUCUGAGGGGAAUUACAGACCACACCCAGCGCCUGUCUUUUAUAACCAAAGAUCUUUUCCAGGUUGCUUUUAACAGAGUAGCGAGAGGAAUGCUGCAUCAAGACCACAUAACAUUUGCCAUGCUGCUAGGCAGAAUCUAUCUCAAAGGCAUCAACAGUGAGCCACCCUAUGAUACAGAGUUCCAGCAUUUCCUAAGAGGAAAUGAAGUUGUAUUGACUAGCUCCACAAAUGCUAAGGUUAAAGGACUCUCCUCUGAUCAAGUCGAAGCAAUGAUUCGCCUGAAUCGUCUACCUGCUUUCAAGGAUCUGGUUUCUAAAGUUCAGGCUGAUGAUCAAUUCUUUAUGUGGUUGGAGAGCAGUGCUCCUGAACAGACAGUGCCUUAUCUCUGGACUGAGGAGAAAGCUUUAACUCCCAUUGGCCAGGCAGUCCAUCAGCUUCUACUUAUACAGGCUUUCCGACCUGAUCGACUCUUAGCCAUGUCCCAUAUGUUUGUGUCUAAAGUCUUGGGAGAUUCGUUCCUGUCCAUCAUCGAACAGCCGCUGGACCUGGCAAGCAUCGUUGACAGUGAGGUGAAGCCUAGUACUCCAGUUCUGAUGUGCUCAGUUCCAGGUUAUGAUGCAAGUGGACUUGUGAGAGAUCUGGCAACUGAGCAGAAUAAACAGAUCACUUCAGUUUCCAUUGGUUCUGCCGAGGGAUUUAAUAAAGCAGACCGAGAUAUAAACACAGCAGUGAAGUCUGGCAGGUGGGUGAUGCUGGAAAAUGUCCAUCUAGCACCAGGCUGGUUAAUGCAGCUUGAAAAGAAGUUGCACUCCAUGCAGCCCCAUGCCAAUUUCCGCCUCUUCCUGACCAUGGAAAUCAAUCCCAAGGUCCCAGUGAACUUGUUGCGUGCUGGACGCAUCUUUGUAUUUGAACCCCCACCUGGAGUCAAGGCUAACAUGCUGAGGACUUUCAGUAGCAUCCCAGUUGCCCGAAUGUGCAAGUCUCCUAAUGAACGUGCCCGUCUCUACUUCUUGUUGGCCUGGUUCCAUGCCAUCAUCCAAGAGCGUCUGAGAUACGCCCCACUGGGAUGGUCCAAGAAGUAUGAAUUUGGGGAGUCUGACUUGCGGUCAGCCUGUGACACAGUCGACACCUGGCUUGACGACACUGCAAAGGGACGCCAGAACAUCUCUCCAGAUAAAAUUCCCUGGACAGCUUUGAAGACACUGAUGGCGCAGUCCAUCUACGGUGGACGUAUAGACAACGAGUUUGAUCAGCGCCUGCUCAACACCUUCCUGGAGCGCAUCUUCACCACUGGCAGCUUUGACAGUGAAUUCAAACUGGCCUACAAGGUGGAUGGGCACAAGGAUAUUCAAAUGCCAGAUGGCAUAAGGCGAGAAGAGUUUGUUCACUGGGUAGAGAUGCUUCCUGACACACAGACUCCAUCUUGGCUUGGUCUGCCACCCAACGCCGAAAAAGUUCUGCUGACCACUCAGGGCAUUGACAUGAUCAGCAAAAUGCUGAAAAUGCAGAUGCUUGAGGAUGAGGAUGAUCUAGCUUACGAGACAGAAAAGAAGCAGAGGACCAAUUCAACCUCAGAUGGCCAGCCAGCCUGGAUGAGGACACUUCAUACCACCGCCUGCAACUGGCUGCAGCUUAUUCCUCAGUCCCUGAACCACCUGAAGCGCACAGUGGAGAACAUUAAAGAUCCCCUCUUCAGAUUCUUUGAAAGGGAGGUGAAGAUGGGGGCACGAAUGCUUCAGGAUGUCAGACAGGACCUCUCUGAUGUGGUGCAGGUCUGUGAGGGAAAGAAGAAACAGACCAACUACCUGCGCACGCUCAUCAAUGAGCUGGUGAAAGGUAUUCUUCCUCAUAGCUGGUCUCGCUACACAGUUCCAGCUUCAAUUACUGUCAUUCAGUGGGUUGCUGACUUCAGUGAGCGCAUCAAGCAGCUACAGCAAAUCUCCCAAGCAGCAGCCACUGGAGGUGCUAAGGAGCUCAAGAAUAUUCAUGUCUGCCUUGGAGGCCUCUUUGUCCCUGAGGCAUACAUCACUGCUACCAGGCAGUACGUGGCACAAGCAAAUAGCUGGUCUUUGGAGGAGCUGUGCCUUGAAGUGAACAUCACAACUACACAAAAUGCUGUGCUGGACGCCUGCAGCUUUGGAAUCAAAGGUCUUAAACUCCAGGGAGCUACGUGUAGUAACAACAAGCUCUCCCUUUCAAAUACCAUUUCAACGGAGCUGCCCCUCACACAGCUACGCUGGAUUAAGCAGAGCACCUCCGAGAAAAAGGUGAUGGUCACUCUGCCAGUGUAUUUGAACUUCACCCGCACGGACCUCAUCUUCACCGUUGACUUUGAUAUUGCAACAAAGGAAGACCCCCACAGCUUCUACGAGCGUGGAGUAGCUGUUUUGUGCACUGAGUAGUAAAGUAGCUCUUCAGUUUCGGUUGCUUGCUUACUUACUAAUCCUUGUUAGAUGUUUGUCUGUUGAAAAUUCCACUGGAAAGCUUGAGGAAGUUGAAGGGCUAAAGUAAGUGAAAAGGUUGGCUUGAGGAUGUGAGUGAUGAUGGAAGAGGAGAAGAAGAACAUGGACCAGUUAUGGUGGGAGGAUACGAGUUAGCACUAAUAAAGUCAGGUUUCUAUUA